AUGAACCUGCUCGACGAGACGCCUCCAAUGGCGGCGAUGCUGUUCCUCGUGUUCUUCCUAGCCUUCCUCGCGCUGCUUCACCUCGCGACGAAGCAGCGUGCUAGGAGACCAAAGAACAAGCAGCAGCAGCAAUCGGCGGCUGUUGGUAGUGAUAUUGAUCAUGAUCAUGGUCGCCGCCUCCCACCUUCGCCCCCGGCACUGCCGGUGAUCGGGCACCUCCACCUCGUCGGCUUCCUUCCGCACGUCGCCCUCCGCGGCCUCGACGCCAGGUACGGCCACGACGGCCUCCUGCUCGUGCGCCUCGGCUCCGUGCCCACGCUCGUUGUCUCCUCCCCGCGCGCCGCCGAGGCCGUCAUGCGCACGCACGACCACCGCCUCGCCUCGCGGCCGCCGUCCACCUCCGCCCGCGCGCUCCUCAACGGCUCCCUCGACGUCGCCUUCGCCGUGUACGGCGAGCACUGGCGACAGGCGAAGAAGCUGCUUACCACGCACCUGCUCACCGUCCGGAAGGUGCAGUCCUACCGGGCCGGCCGCGAGGAGGAGGUGCGGCUGGCGAUGGCCAAGAUCGGCGACGCGGCGGCGGCGGGCCGGGCCGUGGACAUGAGCGAGCUGCUCUACGCCUUCACCACCGACAUCAUGUGUCGCGCGGUGUCGGGAAGGUUCUUUAAGGUCGGCGGCCGGGCCAGGCUCUUCCGCGAGCUCCUCAACGCCACGGCCGGCCUCAUCGGCGGCUUCAACGCGGAGGAUUACUUCCCGUGGUUGCUCCAGUUCGGCGUCUUCAGGAGAGCCAUAUGCGCCAGGGCCGACAAGGUGAGGAGGAGAUGGGAUGAGCUUCUGGACAUGGUGAUCGAUGAUCACGAAGGCAAGCUGCAUGAGUACGGCCUCACCAGAGACCACCUGAAGGCGAUGCUCAUUGACAUAUUUUUUGGAGGCACUGACACAUCAUACAUCGUCCUAGAAUUUGUCAUGGCCGAGCUCUUGAGAAAUCCGCGCGUCAUGUCAACCUUACAAGCUGAGAUAAGGAAAUGCGUCCCAGAGGGACAGCAGAUGGUGACCGAAGACGAUCUCUCCGGCCUGCCAUACCUCAAGGCUGUUAUCAACGAGACGCUUCGGCUGCAUCCCCCGGCGCCCCUCCUUGCACCCCACUACUCCAUGACCGAUGUUCACGUUGACGGCUACAUGAUCCCAGCUAAAAUACCCAUCCUUGUUAAUGCUUGGGCUCUUGGCAGGGACAAGAGUGUAUGGGAGGAUGCUGAGCAGUUCAAACCGGAGAGAUUUAUCGGCAUGGGCAGUGAUGUGGACAUCAACUUCAAGGGGAAUGACUUUAAGUUCCUGCCGUUUGGGGCUGGACGAAGGAUCUGCCCGGGGACGAACUUUUCGAUCUCGACCCUUGAGAUCAUGGUAGCUAAUCUCAUGUACCGUUUCAACUGGGAGGUGCCACCUGGGAUGGGAUGCAUUGAUAUGACGGAGAUGUUUAGGUUGACGGUGCAUCGCAAGGAGAAGCUCAUCCUAGUCCCAAAAAUGCAUGUUGUAGUUUAG